AUGAGAAAAAGUAUAUUCAUUCGGGUAGAAAAUCAAAAUACUAGUCUUCCUGUUCCUCCUGUUGAGUACAGCUUCUGGGUAAACAAUAGCCCGGAUAGCAAUCUACUUUUUCUUCCAACUGGUGAAUCGGAUAUCAUGAAUAACCGAGCAAGUAGAUCUUCAUCUACUGACUUUUCUUCUCGUGACUUCCAUGAUAAAGAUGAUGACGAUGCAUAUGAUACCGGCUCUGGUAAACGUAAAAAUCCCAAACAUAGAGAAGAGAAAACAGGUCGCUCAAAUCAGGAAAAUGAUUCUCACGAAACAAAAGAUAAUAUAGAAGACCACAAUGACCAAAUUCGAGAGGAGCACUCUUCAUCAGCCAAAGAGCAAGAAGGUCGCAAUAUAUAUUCACGAAGGCGACCAACGAUAGAGGAAAUGCAAAAGCCGGAUUCGCAUGUGAGGCAUCGAAAAGAGUCAGAUGCAAGUCGUGCUAGAAGACAAAGAAUACACUUCGUUUGGCAAAUUAGCUCUGUAAUCAGCCACCCGGCAUGUUAUCCUAAGCUCAGCUCCCCUGAGGAUGCCCGUUUCUUUUCUCCCUAUGAGCUGUUGCAGCCAGUGCCAGAGGAUAAUUGUGACUCCAAUGCCCGACCUGCUCCUGUUCGCCGUCAAUGCAGCCACUAUUGUGGAGUGCGAUGGAGGCAGCUACCCGUUUCUUUAUCUGAAAAUCCAGAAAAGACUAGUCAAUCUGAACUAUCAAUUACCCAGAUGAGUAGAGGGUUACCUUGCUCUGCUCGAUGUGGAAGAGGCCACCGAGAAAUGAUUCAUAUCUGUGAAGAGCAUAUUAUUCCACCGAAGCCAUUGAGCAAAGCAGUGGAUAAAUAUCAGCAAACACAAGAGAAUAGCGAGGAUUUUAAGGAUGAAUUUGGGAGACAAAAGAGUCCCAGAUCUGUGAGAGUCCGUCAUAGUCGUGGUUAUUGGCGUCCUGCAGAAUUGGGAGAAGUGGCAUGUAUUCGAGCCGGCCUUGGCACUCAGCCAGGUCCAUCUAUUGUAGAAUGCGAGGGAAAGUGCUUCCCAGUGGUUUGGGUUCAAACUAAGUGGUCGGAGGCAUGUAUGCUUUCAUCUUGCUAA